CCAAACUAUCUCCAGAAAAUUUUUAAUAGCGGAAGACUCGCAGAAAGGGGAAACAGUAAAAACCCGAGUGAUUACCAAUGAUAAUACCGGAAGACUCCGAAUCCACCGCGUUUACGCCACCGCCAUCAACCCAUCACCAAGCAAUCAAAGCAGCCAUUCCCGUUCUGUCUUCCAUUCCCCUCUCCUCCCAUUUAUUUAUUCAUUCAUUCACUCGUUUCCUUUACUUCGCCUCUCUCAGCUUGGCUUGCUCGCUUUCAUAUUUGCCCUUUUUAAAACGACCAGUUCGCUUUCAUGAUCCUUCACUCCACUUACUAAUCUCGCACUUACUCUCUGCUUGCCUGCUGCUCAAACUAGUGCAGAAAGGGGAAAGACCCCAGCUUUCAGGUUCGAUUCAUUUAAUUUUGCAGCUGGAGCUCAAUUCCAUUUUUAGUCCAUUUUGCAGCUGAGUAGUUGGUGUUCAUUUAUCACUUGGGCUUUCUUUCAUUCAUGCUAUAUGCUUCUUCCUCUUGUUCGUGUAGUUCUGUCAUUUGGCUUGUUCAGCUAAACUUGAAAAAAGAUUUCACCUUUUGGUUCCAGAAUUGGAUCUGAAACUUGGGUUGUGAUCCACAUUGGAUUUCCUAUCAACUUCCCCCUUUAGUUCGUUAUCUACUAGCUCUCUUUCUUCAUUGGGUUUCUUUCUUCUCUGAAUUCGAUUCUUAAAUCUGAUUAGGGGAUCUAAAUUCUCAUUAGUUUGAUGUUGCUAAGGUCGGUUGCUCGUUCUUUCAAUUGAUCCCAGAAUUUAACUGCAGAUUCUGUAGUGUUUCCGGAAGUUAUUGUUAACAGCCAUUAGGGAAUCACUUCCAAGGUUGUUGUUCUCCGUAACUUGAGGUGGUCGGUCUAACUAAUUUCAUUAAAAAAUGGGAUCACUGAGAAUUUGACUUCAGAGUCAACAAGGAUUCAAUGUAGAUCACGUCCUAACUACUCUCCAGAUUUAGGAUCUAUAUUUUACGUUCAUUUCUCAUAAAUAACAACAGAUAUCUUGUUCUGAUUCAUAUAUAUGGCUUUACAUAUCUGGUAUUUACUUCACAGUUAUUACUCCUGUGUAGCUUCAUAGCUAUCUACCAUGCAAAUUUCGAUCUACUAACUAGCACUUGCAACAUCUUCUGCUUCAGGGGAGUUCCCAAAACUAAUACAAUGGGCAUCAAGGACAAUCCGAAUGGGAUCAGAUCACGAAGUCCGAUAUCGAUAUUCCUUGUCAUGUGCUUGUGCUGUUUCUUUUACCUCUUGGGGACAUGGCAGAGAAGUGGGUUUGGGAAAGGAGACACCAUAGCCAGGGAGAUAGCUCAACAAGAAGACUGUGACGUUGUAAAAAAUCUGAACUUUGACUCGCAUCACAGCAUCGAGAUAGUGGAGCAGUCCAAAGUCGCGGGCAAGGUGUACAAGCCGUGUGAUGUUAAGUACACGGACUACACACCUUGUCAGGAGCAAGACCGGGCGAUGAAGUUCCCAAGGGAGAAUAUGGCGUACAGGGAGAGGCACUGUCCUCCAGAAGAGGAGAAAUUGCGCUGCCUAGUACCUGCUCCCAAGGGAUACACCACACCAUUUCCAUGGCCAAAGAGUCGUGACUACGUGUACUAUGCUAAUGUUCCGUUUAAGAGCUUGACUGUUGAGAAAGCUAAUCAGAACUGGGUCGAGUAUCAGGGCAACGUGUUCAAGUUUCCAGGAGGUGGGACCAUGUUUCCACAGGGCGCUGAUGCAUACAUCGAUGAGCUAGCUUCGGUUAUACCGAUAGCAGAUGGCUCGGUUAGAACAGCACUCGAUACUGGAUGUGGGGUUGCAAGCUGGGGAGCUUAUAUGCUGAAGAGAAAUGUGUUGCCUAUGUCUUUUGCACCUCGCGAUAAUCAUGAAGCACAAGUGCAAUUUGCUUUGGAGAGAGGCGUGCCAGCUGUUAUUGGAGUUCUUGGGACAAUGCAUCUUCCAUACCCAUCAAGAGCCUUUGAUAUGGCACAGUGCUCUAGAUGUUUGAUUCCAUGGACGGCCAAUGAGGGAAUCUAUUUGAUGGAAGUUGAUCGAGUUCUUAGACCAGGAGGAUACUGGGUCCUUUCUGGUCCUCCCAUCAACUGGAAGACCUACUACAAGACGUGGAAACGAACUAAGCAGGAUCUCCAGGCUGAGCAGAAGAGGAUUGAAGAUCUUGCUGAAAGCCUUUGCUGGGAGAAGAAGUACGAGAAGGGUGAUGUUGCUAUCUGGAGGAAAAUGUCUAGUGAUGAAAACUGCAGUAGCAAGAAGUCUGUCAACUUGUGUAAUUCAGCGGACACUGAUGAUGUCUGGUACAAGGAAAUGGAGAAGUGCAAAACCCCUUACCCUGAAACUGGAGGUGCUGCCGAGCUAAAGAAGUUCCCUGAGAGGCUAUUUGCAGUGCCUUCCCGCGUAUCAGAUGGGCUCGUGGAUGGAGUAACAGCAGAGUCUUAUCUAGAGGACAAUCAACUCUGGAAGAAGCGUGUAAAGGGUUACAAGAGAAUCAAUAGGUUGAUUGGCACAGGAAGGUACAGGAAUGUGAUGGACAUGAAUGCUGGGCUCGGUGGAUUCGCAGCAGCACUUGAAUCGCCCAAAUCCUGGGUGAUGAAUGUCGUGCCUACGAUCCAGAAGAACACUUUGGGUGCUGUUUAUGAACGAGGGUUGAUUGGAAUAUAUCACGACUGGUGUGAGGGAUUUUCGACAUACCCAAGGACGUACGAUCUUAUUCAUGCCGACCACUUGUUUAGCUUGUACAAGAACAAGUGCAAUCUUGAAGACAUACUUCUGGAAAUGGAUCGAAUCCUGCGGCCAGAAGGCACAGUAUUGGUAAGAGACGAGGUCGAUGUGCUGAACGAGGUGAUGAGCAUUAGCAACGGCAUGAGAUGGGAUACGAGAAUGCUGGAUCAUGAAGAUGGCCCCCUUGUCCCCGAGAAAAUACUGGUUGGUGUCAAACAGUACUGGGUUGGCAGCUCCAGUAACAACAGCACAGAACCUGACGAACAAUAGGCCAUCAAAGACGAGGAGGAUUGAAGAAGCAUAAACUGCUGUGUGAAUCUGAAAAGACCGAACUUCGAUUCAAAAGAAAGAAAGUAGGUUCCACGAAAUUGUUAAGAAAUGCCAGAAUGCAGGAUGCUUAGCAGUGAUUCAACUGGUAUGGAAGCAGCAUGAUGCAGAAGGGGGGAAAAAGUGAAAACCCUUCAUGGGUGGCAAUUCAUAGUUAAUUUAUUCCAUUGUUUGAUUUUAUAUAUGCAGUAGAUGUGAUUUGGGAACUAUGUUGGAUACAAUUUAGACAUCGAUAUUGAUUUGCCUGAAUGUUGUCUUAGUGGUAGCUGCCCAAAAUGGGGUUAGCAUCAAUCAUGAAAGCUCUGAAUUUUCUUCAUCUAUGUCUGCUCCGAGUCUGAAGUGCCCAUAUAUUUUCUUCAUACUCAUCGUCGAAUGAUGUUAUUCUAGCAACGAAGAAUAAGAAGCCUUUCUACCAAAAAAGAAGAAUAAGAAGCCAACUGGAGAGGUUGAGCUGGCAAUUUGUGGGUCCCACUUUGGUUCCAUUAAAGCAUCUGGAUUGGACCAAUUAACCCCACGGGAUGCCAUCGGCUGCAUGUGACUUGCUUUCAUGGUGCAGUCCACUCAGUCGGUGGUCGAUCACUAAAUAUAAAGUGAAAGCUAGUUAGUUGUUAAGGACCCUUAAAAAAAAGCACUUAAAGCUUUUUAAUGGUAGUUUCCGUACAAGUAGGUUGGAACUAUUUGGGAUAUACGUAAUAUUGUAUCGAAUUUAUUACGAUUUGUUAUUAUCGAAUACAGGCUUAUUUUUGUAGGGAUUGAGAUUGAAAUUUAUUGUAUCGAAUUUAUUACGAUUUGUUAUUAUCGAAUACAGGCUUAUUUUUGUAGGGAUUGAGAUUGAAAUUCAUUUUUGAGUGCUAUUCGUUAUUUGGGAUUACGGGAUUGGGAUCGAUAUAUACCGUAAUGCCGAGAAACACUACAAAUUAAAAAUUAAUGAAAUAUAAUACACAACCUUUGGUCAUUCCUCACUCUUUCACAACUUAUAAGCCUCCAUCCAACUCAAUUUUGACUUUCCAGUUUAAGUCACUCUCAUCUCUCACCUAAUCUCUUGUUAUUUUCAUAACACUAAAGAGCAAACACUAGUAUGAGUUGUCUCUCAAUCAUAAAUUCGUCAAAUUAAAGAUUAUCAAUGACAAGAAUUUGAGAUGACACCUCUCUAGUCUCUUCCAUUCUCAUUAUCCCUAUCAUAGCUCUAGGCAAACUCAAGACUCUUUGCCCUAAAUUAAAUAAUUAAGUUGAAUUUAUAUAUUUAAUUAAUAAUUGCAUAGGCAAUUAAUUUCUUAUUCGAUAACACCGAUAGGGAUACCGAAGUACCGAUUGGGAUACCAAAAUAUUUAGGGAUUGAGAUAGCGAAAUUAUUUAGGGACUGUGAUUGAUUUUAGGGAGUAAUUUGGUAUUCAAAAUUUUGGUAUUUGGUAUUGGGACACCGAUAUCGUACCAAUUUUCACCCUUACUGACAAGAGUCCUUAAAAAUUUAAUAAUGCUAAAACCUUUUUAUUUAAUGAACUUUAAACUGAUUAUGUUCUUAAGUAUAAAUUAAUUAACACUGAUGAGAGUAUGAGAUUCUAAGUUUGAGCGAUCAUGCUAAACUCACGUGUUUAAUGAAUUUUCCUAUCUCAUUUUUGUCACUGAUUACGAUUAUAUUAGUUCAAUCAAGAUGAAAAAUUAUUCGAAGGAAUAGUAUGAUAACAAGUGGUAAUCGUCUCGCAAUGAAUAAAAUUUGAUCGAUGAUUCGACCAUUGAGCUACACAUUCAUGUAGCAUUUUCUAGUGGAACAUCAGUGAAGGGUUAGUAACUCCAUUAGUCUAAUAUAUAAAGAUGAAGGUAUCAUAAAAAUUAUUUACCUAUGCAAAAUUAGUUGUCUCGAGUUGAUUUUUAACGUAUUUUUACAUUGAUAUAAUAACUCAAUACUAUACGGUUUUACAUAAUAGAGAAAUAAAUGUAAAAGGUUGCUUGAAAAGGAGCUCAUUAACACAGAUGGGCAGGGCAGACCUAAGAGGAAGGAUAACUUAAAGACAUCACUUACACCAUCAAUUGUGACAAGAAAGAAACCUCUAGAAGUUUAGUUUUUUUUUUUUUUUUUUACAAAGUUGAAGUUUAGUUCAAUGUUGAUUUGAAUGAAUGCUUCACAUCUUUUUCACCCAUCUUUCAAUGAAAAUGGUGGAAGAAAAACUGCUAUAAAGAGGUAGAAGUAGAACACAACAAAUAAUGUCACAAGAAUUUUGAGCCCAACAUAUAUAUGGAAGAGAAAGCAAAAGUCACUUAUAAUUGUUUGAUGACAAAGUAUAAUGGGUGGUGACACUUAUUAGGUUAUGGAGUCAAGUCAUGAACAUACCAUUCCACCACCACCCAAAAAAAAAAAGUACACAAGAAAUGAACAAAAUUAUAGCCAAAAGAGAAAAUAAUGUCAAACUCCAUUCCUGAAAAUAAUCAAACCCUAAUUACUACCAUCAAGUUCUUGCUUCAACUUCCACAAUGAUACAUCUUUGUCUCAAAUCCACUGUCCCAAAACCAACUUUUUCCUUCUUCUGCUCUACCAUACGUCACUUUCCUGUUCCAUGUGUCGCCAUUUUCAUCUUUCAAAACCAUGAUUUAGAAUCUCUAAUUAGAGGGCGGUUUUGCUAGUUGGGUUGUUAGAAUGUGUGCAUUUUGAUGAUACAAAUAUCUGAAGUUCUAGCGAGGUAUAUGAUUAUAAGGAGGUAAAUCAGCUGGCCUACAGGACUGAAAGUUUGGUACCAGUAUUUGGGAUGUUAUCGAAUAUAGUACUUAAUUUGUUAUUAUUUUGUAUUAUCGGAAUGUACGUAUUAUUUUAUGGAAUUGAGAUUGAAUUUUAAGUGUUAUUUGAUAUUAUGGAUUAUGAGAUUGAGAUCAGUAUACACCGAAAUAUAAGUUAGUGUGUGUUUUAUCUCUCUUAACUAGGCUCCCUCACUUACUACUACUACCAUACCGUCAACCGUCAAUAUGGGCACUUAAUUAUGCAUCGCACAUUCCCUCGCUAUUUGACAACCCAUUCCAAGCUCAUUUGGUUAUUUGUUGUUAUUGGGUUGUUGAGUCGUCCAUUGUUUUAGUUUGUUAUUAUUAUACUUGAGAAUUUUUCUCAUUUUUUUUUUUCACUCGUGUUGGCACCAUUGUUUGUUUUUAUAUAUUUCAAGAAUAGUUUCUGGAGCAAGUAUUUGCAUUUUUAUAUUUGAUUAGUAAUUUUGAACAAAAUUAAUUUGAUAUUUGGUAUAACCGACACCGAACAAAUUUUUAAGGGAUUGUGAUUGGGUAUACUGUAUUUGUUUCGAGAUUGUGAUUGAAAUUAGGAUUAGACACUAUUUAAUAUUUAAUACUGAAACACCGAUAGUGUACCGUUUUCCACCCAUAUACUCAGCUCAUAUGAUAUCGUACCUCUUCUUCAUAGCCUGGUAGCUAGGUCUAAUUAUACAGACUAACACUAGGAGGAGGAUUAUUGAUACUUCAUUUUCUUGCUCCUCCAUCGUGAUUAGGCCUAUCCAUAUUUAUAGCGAGGACAAUUAUUUUGUGUUUUGGUGGGAAGUAAGGACAAUUAUUUUGACAUACUGUAUGACUCCAAUUGUACUGUUGAAGGUGGAAAAUAACCUUACUCAAUGUUACCCUCUGAAAAAUCUCUACUAAAAAUUAAAGAUUCCAACCACAUACAAACAAGGAUUCAGCCCAGUGAUAAUACCACUAGUCUAGAUUCUGAAAAUCUUGGGGGUCGUUUGGAAGUUGCGAUAGUUUUGUUGAGAUUGUCAUUACGCAUGUAUUGUUUACAAUGCAUCGUUUUUUUGUUUUUUUAGUAGAAACAAUAUAUAGAUUGUUUCUGUGAUGUGACAGAAACUAUCACUCAUUUUGAGUGAUUGUUAUAUCUCAACUUUUAGUUGUGAUUGUUGAGAUAGUUGAGUUGAGAUUGUUUUGUCUCAGCUUUUAGCUGAUGCGACAUACACAAUCACACAUACCAAACGUUGUAUUCUACAGUGCAUCAAAUUCGACAAUACAUGUAUAAUAUUAUACAUGCAUUCUCAACAAUACAUCUAUUUAACAAUCGCAACUUCCAAACGACCAGAUUCGAAAUUCUCAAAUAGUAUCUUAAUAAUAAACUAUUUAUCACCCAUAUAUAUAAAAAAAAAACCACCUCUUUUUACCAUUGUCACCAUCAUUCAAACCACCAAAAAACAAAAAAAAAACCAUGGGUGUGGUGAGAAAUCUGUGGGCUAAGAAGUAGUUACUAUAAUGACAAAAGUUGAAGCUCAGCUAGCUAAGCCAGGGUGAAACCUUUACCUCUCUCUCUCUCUCUCUCUCUCUCUCUCUCUCUCUCUCUCUCUCUCUCUCUCUGUUGUUCAUGCACCUGGGAAACCCACAAAACAAAGUCUUUUUUGCUGCUAUUAUUUGAAGUUAGCUUUAGCUUUGCUGCAUGCUGCUGCAUAUGUUGCUAAUUGGGCCAGGUGGGUUAAAGUUCAUGGCUGAUUCUUCUGACUCUUACUACGCUCCAAUGUCGCAUUAAUCUGUUCCUAUCCAUUACGCAGAGAUACCAAUGUUUGUUUCAAUGUCGAUGAAUGUGGAGCAUGAUUUCGAAAACCUUUCAUUUGAUCCAUUUAUGGAUCCCUGUUCUUGGUUGUCAGUUGGGUUUUUGCCAUGCACGUGGCGGUUGGGGCGAAACCCAGUUCAUUUUUCAGCAGAUCAAACCAUUGGAGGUCAAGUUUGGGGGAAUAGGGUGUGUUGAUGUGACUUGAAUCGGACUAUCAUACUCCUCUGUAAUCUCCAAUCUCCUCGAUAUAGUGAAACUGGCUCUCUCUCGCAUGUGGACGUAGCUAACACACAUCGUGUUAGUGAACCACGUAAAUCGUGUGUCUGUGUUUUUCGAUUCUCGCUUUCGUAUUCUUGCUUUAUCGAUUCCGGCGAUUUCUCGAUCCGUAGCAGCGCUUUUAUAACAGGGUGAAUGAAACUAUAGCCAAACUACAUAUUCACAUAUUUUCCUCAAACAAAAAGAACUAGCUAGCUAGUAGGCCUAAUUCAUGCAUUUGUAUUCAUAAAUUUUGUCUUUAUAACAAUUAUUAGAUAAAUUUCGGAGUUCUAC